AUUAUUGAUUCAUGAAGUAACUCUCAGCUGUAAAUACAAUUAAUUGAGUGUCACUAAGGUUGACUAUUUAUUAACAUACAACAUGCCUACUUUCAGAUCUGCACUAUUACCGGCUGUUUUUGUCAUUAUUGUAUUUGCAGGUUGCAUUAUCUCUGUAGUGGAAUCGUUCCGACAGCCCAAUAUUAUUUUGUGCCCAGACCAGAAUUGGUGUCAGGAUACAAGUACCUGCUGUGAGGUUCCUCAGUUCAAGAAUAGUUACGGCUGCUGUGCUCUGCCCAAUGCCGUUUGUUGCAAACAUGAAAGGGCUUCGAACACGUACUGCUGUCCAAGUGGGUGGCAUUGUGUGGACUGGCCUCCCUAUUGCGUGGCCAAUCAUUCCGAAUCGACACCACUGAGGAUAAAGCGAGAAACUACUGACGAAGGCGCAGAUGUUGAAGUGACGGCUUUGAGCAUUAUGCCUGCUCUCGUGAAGGAACGUUCUAAUAAGGCAAAAAAAGUAAUCGGUAACACUACCGUCACGUGUGAAUUGGACCCUUCGGGCUUCUGCGAGGAUGGUGAACAGUGCUGCUACAAUCAGGGAUCGGGUGGAAACUCUUCCGGGAACGGAACCACCACUUUCGCCGGCUGCUGUCCAACGGACGCCACCUGCUGCAAUGACGCUUCAACUGGCGACUACUACGGAUAUUGUCCCACUGCAAAUGCGGUGUGCUGCUCCAACAAGAAAACUUGUUGUCCUCAAGGAUACCAAUGCUCCACAAGCGGAUCGUUUUGCACGCAGAACUUCAAAACGACUGAUGAAAUGUCUUCCGAGGCACGACUCGUCGAACUUCCGAAAGAACUCGAUCAAAUCAAGAAAAUCAGGCCAGCUAAACUCGUGGAAGCAAUAUCUCCCUCUAGCUUUGAAGUGGAGCGGGGUGGUGGAAAUGAGACCAAAAUUGACUUUGGGAAGGAUUGGUGGAGUAUGCUUGGGAAACAAGGGAAAAAAGAUGGCGAUAAAGCCCAACCUUGUGACAGUAAUCCAAAGGUGUAUUGUGCAGAUGACUACACAUGUUGCCAAGGCAAAGAUAAUUCGAUGAUGUGUUGUCCUAUGAGUGAAGCCGUCUGCUGUGGCGACAACGAGACAUGCUGUCCCCAUGGAACUACGUGCGACAUCACCAAUCACAUCUGCACCAAAUGAUAUCGUGACGAGAAACAGAAGAGCCGGAACCCAGUCGAGUUGGAGAGUUCUAAUAUCUAACUUAAAAUUAUUACUAUAUCUAUUUAUUAGAUCUUUUUACUUAAAAAGCUUGUCAUCGAAAAUAUGUUGUAUAUCUCAAUUUCAUUCAUUGGAAAAAUUGAAAUAAGUAUUAUCGACACUAUGUAAUAUUCAUGUGCGAAACAUUUCGUUUCAAAUUUUCUUCUAUAGUUUUCGAUACUCUUGCCGAUCUGCACUUACAAUGAACCGUUCAGGUGCGGAUCAAGGAUUCCCUCGAAGUAGACGGAUGCCAAAACAAUCGAAAAAUUUUCGUCGCUCGACAAAGUUAAUCUUCUGAAACUCGGAACCACUAUGAACUAUGAAACCGCUUUCAUCUACUCAUUUUUAUAUUCUGUAAUAAACGUAUCGCCUUCAAUUUUGAUU